AUGAAGAAUCAUAUGGCGGCAGGAUGGUUCUACUCGCCAGAACAGAUCCGGCGUUACUUCAUGACGCGAGUGUCCAGUCUUAAGCCACCAAAGACUGAAUUGAAGAACCCUUAUCGCGUCCUACGCGAGCUGAAUAGCCAUCACUGGCUUAUGUUUGGUGUUGGCUUUGUCGCCUGGGUAUGGGAUGCAUUCGAUUUCUUCACUGUCUCUCUCACCAUAACGGAGUUAGCCACUGAAUUUGGAGUUACAAACUCGGAAGUAUCGUGGGGGUUGACCGUGACACUUAUGCUGCGUUCUGUUGGUGCCAUCAUCUUCGGCUUUUUUGCAGACAGGUAUGGAAGAAAAUGGCCAAUGAUUGUCAACUUGGCCUUAUUUGUCUUCUUAGAGUUAGGCUCGGGGUUUUGCCAGAACUUGUCCCAAUUUCUAGCUGUUAGAUCUCUAUAUGGGAUUGCUAUGGGAGGUCUCUUUGGGCCGGCCGCUGCAACCGCAAUGGAAGACCUACCCUACGACGCUCGAGGUAUCGCUUCUGGGCUUUUCCAACAAGGCUACGGCACAGGUUAUAUGCUUGCAGCUAUAUUCUAUCGGGCAUUUGUACCAACUACUAAAUAUGGAUGGCGAAGUCUCUUCUGGUUUGGCGCCGCACCCCCAAUCCUCAUCAUCAUUUGGAGAUGGAGCCUCCCCGAGACCUACCAUUUCCAAGUCAUGAAAGCAGAGCGAGAAAGCCGAAUAAUGGCAGAGGAGGCCGCUUUGCAACCGUCCGUCACUUCUAACACUGUCCCAAAAUCUCGAAUGAAUGGACUACGUGCGUUUUGGAAAGAAUCUGCCCCUGGACUCAAGGAAAACUGGUUCUUGAUGGUCUACCUCGUGGUUAUUAUGACGGGUUUCAACUCUUGUUCUCACGGAAGCCAAGAUUUCUAUCCAACAUUCCUCAAGGACCAAGUAGGGAAAACAGCAACACAGACAACUGUCAUUAUUGUUUCUGGCAGCCUAGGCGGAGUUAUCGGCGGCACACUUAUAGGAUGGAUCAGCACAUUCCUCGGGAGAAGGUUGGCAAUGAUUAUAAGCUGUGUCUUUGGUGCAGCGAUUAUCCCCGCAUACGUAUUGCCCAGGUCUGACGCCUUGAUCGCAUCAUCCUUCUGGCAGCAAUGGUUCAUCGGUGGGGUUUGGGGACCUAUCCCUAUCUACCUUUCAGAGCUUUCUCCUCAAUCUUUGCGAGGCUUAUUGGUUGGAUUGACCUAUCAACUGGGUAACCUAGCUUCAUCCGCCUCUGCUACUAUCCAGGCUAUCAUUGGCGAGAGGUUCCCAUUGCCUGAUGGACCGCAUGGGAAAAAGAGGUUUGAUUACGGAAAGGUCAUGGCGAUAUUUAUGGGAGCAGUAUGGGUGUUUUUGUUAGUUUUGUUAUUCCUAGGACCAGAGAUGUCGCAGGAAGAGAGAGAUGAGGAAGAGACGGCAGCGAGGGAAUUAGAUCGACAGAGAAGAGAUGGUAAGACCCUGGAGGAGAUUGGGAGGGAACGGGCAGGGUUAGCCAACGUUAAGGUGCUGGAGGAUGAAGACGUUAAGGAGCCAACAGCCCAGCAUAUGGACGAAGUAUCGGGAGAGAAGACUGUCUAG